AUGGCGAAGGGCAAGGACGUCCAAGGCGACAAAGCAAAACAAGACGUCCAAGUGGCUACAGCAUCACCAACCUCGCAGUAUACGCAGACGUUAACGCGACACACGGAACCUUCGGCGCUGUCAGCGAAGCAACCCCAAGCGGAACGCAAGGAGAGUCUCUCGACGACCACCCGUAUCCACACCGAGAUCAGGACUCGCGGCAUCGUCGUGGUCGUCAAUCUGGUCAUUAUGCUGCUGUCGCUGGUCGCUCUCUGGUGCGCCACCUACUCGUACGCGGUGCGACCAUCCUCGGAGAGGGGGAACCUGCUCAACAACGUGAUGCGCAAGUCCUUCCUCUACACAUUAUUCAUGCACCUCGACGUCUUCAUACUCGUGCUCAGCGUGUCCUUGUCCGUGGUCGCCGCCUUCGGCCUGGUGGGCGCGCUUCGGGAAAACAUCACCGUGCUCGAGGCCUACCAGAGCCUGCUGGCCCUCACGAUCCUGCUCAACAGCGUCGCGGCUGUGGCGGGCACGGUGAUGCCGCAGUCGGCGCGGAACCACCUCAGGCAGACCGCGUUCGUCGAGUUCAUCCAGAGCUACCGGGAGACCGAGUACUUCCAGCACAUGAUAGACGCGCUCCAGGCGUCGAUGCGCUGCUGCGGCUUCUCCGAGGACGCGUUCCGAGACUGGAACCUCAACGAGUACUUCCACUGCGCGUCCGGCAACCCGAGCCGCGAGCGCUGCUCGGUUCCUUUCUCCUGCUGCCGGCGCCGUGUGCUGGGCGACAACGAGACGUCCGAAGUGUCGAUGCCGGUUGGGCGCUUCUGCGGCCACGGCGUGCUGCUCAUGGACGACCAGGAGGCCUGGCGGCGCGUCUACACGCGCAGUUGCGCCGACGCUGCGCUCACGUACGUCAUGGACAACCUCGUCGUGUUCGUCGGCGUCGGCAUGGUGCUCAACAUGCUUCUGCUGUUCAUGCUCAUCACGUCGGUCAUAUUGCAGGACCAGAUACACAGCAUCACGGCCAUCUACGAGGCGUACUACAUGACGCUCGAAGAAGGCCAGGUUGCCAUGCAGGAGGCCGGCCUCAUCAAGUUGCCCGAAAGACCUUCCGACGAUAAGUCGACAGUCAAGGAUCCCGACAAGGCUAACGACAAGGUGCCGGUGUAG